AUUUACAUUGGCAUAAGAGGUAUACCAAGCUUUGAAUCCACCUUAUUUGAGAGCACGAGGGAAGGUUCUGCCUUAAUGACCUAACCCAUGGAACUUUAAAUCAUCUAUAUCUGACUGCUUAUGGAAAGCGCUUAGACAUCAGCUAGAUCGACGACGCGAGCCCCAGAGGCACGUUUGCGUCAGGAAGCUCAGCGCCCAAAACUUCGCUUUGCGAACUCCGCCGCGUAGUAACCUGGUCUUGUCAGCGCCUGAGCAGUAAAGCUGCACACGUUGCAUUAUGUGGCCAUUAUGGCCCGGCUCAAGAGAAUAACCCUUGCACACGGCGACCUUCAGACAAGUGACCUGCUGGGCUCAGGGCAGCGGGCCCGAACAUGAGCUCGGGGCACGUCGCGCUGCCGCUUGGCCCUAGCAAGGCGUUCCUGAGGGACCCCCGCGCGUUGAGGCUCGGGCUCAAGUAUGCCUACAUCUGGAAGACGCGCGUUGAGGCGCUGAGGCUGAAGACGCACUGCGCGCCCUCCUCCGACCGCUGCCCCGUUCACCACGUCAUCCUGCGGGCCGCCGAUGGAGCAGUCAACGUGUUGCGGCGGGAGCAGCUGCCGCGACUCAAAGCCGGCUGCCUGCCCUUCGCCGAGGCGCGUGUGCGGGCCCGCUUCAAAGACAUCCCGGCCCAGCUGCCGCCGCACCUGUACUUCGUGCCGCUGGACCACACCGUGUACCUGGGCGUGGACGCGCCCGACUUCGCGACGCUCCAAUUCACGGCCCCCACGCGCGUCUACAUCCUGCUGCCAACAGUCAUGCGGGAGCCCCGUUGGCUUCGCGACCACUUUGUCAAGUUCCGGGACCCCGGCUCCGGCAACCAUCUGGGCCUGCCCGCCUCCUGGCACUUCGGCAGCGGCAUGGCACUGCUGCUGGCCAGCGGCAUGCGCUACCAGGCCUUCGUGCGGCAGCGCUUCAUGGUGUGGGAGAGCAUGAAGACGUACUCGGCGGAUCAGGAGCUGGUGCUGGGCGGGCCGGGUCUAGCGGAGAUGGGCGACACGUGCUUCAUCAUCGCCGUCAGGUCCGUGGGAGCGGCGCCAGCAGCCGGAGCGGCGUCGCUGCCGCCCACCUACGCGUUCAGCCCCUUCCCGCUUGCCGGCGCGGGGGCGGGGGGCGCGCUACUCGGCCCCACCAGCGACACGCAGCUGGGUCCGGGCUUGUACGGCGGCUCCGGCACCUCCGGACACGCCAGCCGCAUGUUCCCGGCCGCUGCCGGCAGCAGCGCGGCGGCGGCGGCGGGCUCGCCGCGCGUGGCGGCGGCCAGCGACGAUGGCAGCGGCAAUUUCCGCAUCACGGGCGGCAGCCAACCGGCGAUAGGGGCGGAUGGCGGCCCGCCUAACCGCCCCAGCGACCCCGGAGCGGCCGGCAGCGCUACCUGGGAUGACCGCCAGUCGCGGCCGUCGGCUGGGCCGCCGCCGCUCUUCUGGCGCCGGGAUGGCGGCGGCGGUUGGGGGCAGGGCGUGAAUGGCGGCUAUGGCGGUGGCGGCGGCGGUGGCGGCGGUGCCGGCGCGCAGGAUGCGGCGGCGUGGCUGCUGCAGCGCUUCAUCAAGGUGGUCAAGCGCGACCGCGUGCAGGACCUCCGCGUGCUGCUGGAGUCGGAGCCGUGGCAGCGCUACUGCAUGUCGCCCGAGGAGGUGUCUUUCUUGCCGCCGGGCGAGCGCUGGCCCUGCACGGUGGACCUGGCGGUGGCCAACAUGAGUGUGCCGCUGCUGGUGGAGCUGGUGGACAGGGCGGGCUGCCACCUGAACUACCGCUCGCUCAAGCUGCUGGCGGCGCAGUGGGACCGCCUGCCCGACCACUCCCCGGGCGGCGGCGAGGGGCUGCUGCUGCGCUACCUGGUGCGGGCGCCCAACCCGCUGUCCGUCAUCGGCGCCUGCCUGCUGGCCAUGCGCGGGGAGCUCAACAGCGGCCGCAACCACAGCACCGCGCUGCAGGGCGCCGUGUCGCGCUUCAAGGCGGUGCAGCUGGAGCUGUUGGCGCAGCUGCACGACUCCUACUACCGCACCAGCGAGGAGGCGCGGCAGGACGCGGGUCUGCCGCUGCUGGAGGACAUCCUGGAGAACCCCGCCGCCAUCGCCCGGCCCCAAGCCGCGGCGGCGGGACUGCUGGCAGCCGCCGCCGCGGCGGCAGUGCCCAACGCCAUCGGCGGCCCCGCCGGCGGCCCCGCGGCAGGGACCGCGGCUGGGGGCGGCGCAGGCGCGGGCGCGGGCGCGGCUGCGGCUGCGGCGGCUGCCGGCGCCGCGCCGCCUGCUCCGCUGGUCCUGAGUGACUACUCGCCGCUGCGGCUGGCGUUCCGGGACUACGACACCCAGUUCAUGAGCGCACAGCUGGUUGAGGGCUACACGCGGCGGCGCUGGCUGGGCCCCGAGUACAGCCAGCUGACGGCGCUGGACGGCCACAACCGCCUCAGCGGCCUGGACCCGCUGUUCGUCUACACGAUUGUGGAGAACCUGGGCUUCGUUGGCGACGCCGGCCACUCCUCCAUGCAGGCCACCAUGCGGCUGUGGCACCUGGUGACGCUCACCAGCCCCGCCUUCUUCCGCUCGCCACGCGGCCGCUGGGCCGUCAAGUUCAUGUCCACCUUCGCCUUCCUGGGCAUGUACAUGGCGGUGCUGUCCAGCUACCAGGACAUCCGCGCGCCCGACGGCGGCCCCUGGCGCGCGCUGCACUGCGCCUUCGUGGUGUUUGCGGCGGGCAACGUGCUGGAGGGGCUGGAGGUGAUGGCCAUGAGGUACCGCAACAGCGCGGGCCGCUACUUCACGUCUGCUCCGGGCGAGGUGGUGGGCUGGCUGGUGGACGCCGGCAUCAUUGCCUCGGUGCUGCCCUGCCUCAUCACCGCGUACAUGGACCAGGGCCACGCCGCCAGCCACUUCAGCAAGGACCAGUGGACCAUGUUGCGAAUGGCGCAGGCCACACUCGCCAUCUUCGUGUGGGUGCGCAGCCUACUGGUCAUGGUGCCUCUGUACCGCAAGCUGGGUCCGCUCAUCCGCACCAUGAACCGCAUGGCCGGCGAGAUCCUGGCCUUCGUGCCCCUCUACGUCAGCGUCACGCUGGGCUUCGCGGCCGCGUUCCACACCUCCGUGGGCACCGACGUGCCCGCCUACGACUCCUGGACGUCGGCGGUGCGCACGCUGUUCUCCGCCAGCCUGGGCACCUUCUCCUACGACGACCUGGAGGGGCUGGACGAGCGCGCGCGGGUGUACGCGCAGCUGCUGCUGUCCACCUACCUGGUGCUGGCCGCCAUCCUGCUCACCAACCUGCUCAUCGCCAUCAUCAGCUACAAGUACAGGCCGGAGGAGGUGCGGGCGGAGAGUGUAUUCGACUUGGCGGAGAUGGUGGACAGGUACCGCUUCCAGGUCAAGCACAACCUGAUCUGCAGCCCCUUCAACCUGCUGCUGCUGAUCUUCACGUGGCUGCCCGCGUCGCCCAUGCCCAAGCUGCCGCCGUACGUGUGGGUCAAGUACGGCCUGACGCCGCUGGACGGGCUCACGUUCGCCACGCCCGGCUACCCCACCACGCCGGGAGGGAGGGACGAGAUCCCGCACCUGUGCUACCUGCUCACGCUCUUCCCCCUCAUCAUUGUCACAGCCAAUGUGCUGUACUUUGUGCACGCGCCCUACGCCGUCAUGUACUGGGCCUUCACCGGCCACAAGAAGCUGCUGCGGGAGCUGCUGGGCACACACCCCUCCCACUCCGGCAGCGGCGGCCCCAGCAGCGGCACCGCAGCCGACGCCGCCGCCGCCAGCGGCCACAGCACUACGCGCCCGGGCGCCAGCGGCCCGUCCCGCUUCAUGCCGCCCUUGGGUGGCAACUCUGGCGUGUUCAAUCUUGGGCGUGCAAGCCCCACGACGUCCGGCGCGGGGCAGAAGCCGGAGCCGGCGCGGCCGUCGACAGACUGGUUCUCGGGCCCUGCGGCGGCUGGGUCCGAAGGUGGGCUGGGUGGUGGCGCCGUCGGUGGUGGUUCCGGCGGUGGCGGGAAGGAGGUGUUAAAGCUGUCGGCUGUGGCGGCGAGCGCCAUCGCGGCGGCGGCGGCGGCGGGGCCGGCGUCUUCGGACGGCAGCGGCAGCGGGGGCGGAGCCGACGGCGGCGGAGGCAUGCGUGGCAGCGGCAGUGGCCACGGCGGCGGGAACGGCACCGCCGCCAAUGUGGCGGGCGCCAGUUGGGUGCGGCGGCAGCAGAUGCAGCAGCAGGUGCAGCAGCAGCAGCAAUACGGGAUACUCGGUGCGCCGGUGGUGCGAAACAGUGAGGAGACUGCCGCCGCCGGCUCCGAUGGCCGUCAAUCGCUGGAGGACCCCUUCCACAGGCUGCAGCAGCUACAGCCGCCUCGGCAGCAGCAGCAGCAGCAGCCGCCAAGGGCGGGGCCGGGGCCGAUUGCCGAGAAGGUUGAGGGCGACAGCGGCGCGAGCCACGCGGGCGCUCCUCUCAAGGGAGCCUCCUACACCACACUGCCCUUGUCGCCGCUCGGCCGGUCCCCCAAGGGCGCCGAAGCGGGGGCGGGAGCAGGAGGUGCGGGCGGCGGAGGAGGUGGAGGCGGUCCCGGCGGCUGGGGCGGCAACAUCAGCAACCUACGCUCCAAGUCCAUGCGCUCCAUGCACGCCUACGCGUUGGGGAGCCGCAGCGUCGGCAGCGGCAGCGGGAGGAGCCUGUCGGCGCACGUGGACGAGGCCAACCUGUACGACGACCUCACGUACGACAACGCCGCCGUACAGCCGCCGUACAUGAUGCUGAUGCAGCUGGUCACAUUUUCUGGCCUGCGCGACGCGGCGGUGGCGGCGCUGCGCACGGGCGUGCUGCUGCUGGUGGGCACGCUGCUGUACGUGCUGGUGAUGGGGCUGCUGGGCGGCACGCUGGGGUGCUGUCUGGUGGUGUGGGUGGGGUCGGUGGGCGUCAGCGUCUACCGCGUCGUGGCGGGCGCCUGGCGCGGCGCAUUCGGCGACCUGGGCGGCGGCGACGGCGGCAGCUGCCUGUGCGGCUAUGACGGAGACGUGGGCGUCGGCGGCGUACGGCGCAGGGACGGUGACCUGGGCGGCGGCGGCGCGUUCGGCCCCGGCAAGGGCGGCAGCACCCGCAUCGCCAGCCUGGCCCGCGCCGCGCGGCUGCGCUCCUCCCAAAGCACCUACCUCACCAAGUCCCAGGUCGAGUCGGCGGUGCGGAGCGUGUACGCGGCUGCCAACGUCCUGUCCAUGUGGACGGCGGGCGGAGGAGGAGGGGGAGGCGGCGGCAGCGUGGGCGGUGGGGGCGGCGGCGGCGGCGCGAGCGCAGGCGCGGCGCUGUGGGCGGCGGCGUCCACCAAGGCGCGGCGCGCGAUCUCGGCGCGUGCGGGUGUGGGGCUCCGCGGCGGCGGCGGCGGCCCGGGCACGGCGGCGGCUGGCAUCAUGUCCAGUGUGUUCAGCAUCAAGCAGCGCUACCCGCAGCACGGCUCGCCGGCCGCCAGCGGCAGCGCCCAGAACUCGCCCGUGCACCCCAGCGGCCGGGGCUACGGCGGCGGCGGCGGCGGCGGCGGCGGCGCAAUGUCCGUCCGCUGGCAGUCGCAGCCGUUGCCGUCGGCCCUGCAGCGGCAGCUGCAGCAGCCGUCGCAGGAGUGGUCGCGGCGGAGCAUGAUGGAGCUGGACGAAACAGGUCCCGCUGCUGAAGCAUCAUCGCCGCCAGCUUCUCAGCAACAUCAACGACAACAGCGACAGCAGCAGCCGCAGCAGCAACCGCAGCAGCAGCCGCAGCAGGUGCCGCAGCAGGUGCAGCUGCCGGCGCUGCAACCAGCGGACGGCCCGCUUUCGCCGGUGGGCAGCAUGGAGCGCCCGUCGCCGCCGUCGCUGUUCGGCAUGGUGCGCCGGGCCGCGGCCGUGGACGCCGGCGCCAGCCUCGUGGAUGUGGAAAGCAUCUACCCGGGGCCGGGCUUCACUGGCGGCGUCAGCAGCACAGCAGGCAACGCAGCGGCUCCGGAGCUAGCAGCGCCUUCGCAGCCAGCCGGGCUGACGCUGCCACCGGCGGCGGUGGCGGAGGCGGCGCUGUACCUGACCUCGCCAACGAGCUCAGUGGGACUCACCGACGACGCCCGGUCGGUGAGGCAAGCGACGGCGGAGCGGUCGGGUGCUGGCGCGCUGGCGGCGGCGAGCGGCAGCGCUGCCAGCGCUCGGCCGCUGCCGCUGUCACCUAUCGCAACGGGCAUUAGCGUCAGCGUGGCAGAGGCGGUUGGGGCCGCGCCGCUCCUUCCGCAGCCAUUGGCUCAGCCUGGCCGCAGCGAGGCGGCAAUGGCACGUCACUUGCGACUGUACGACGCCGCCGCCACUGGCGCGGCGGGUGCGGAAGCCGCCGCCAUGUCGCUGGAGGAGCUGGAGCGGGAGGUGCACGGCGGCGGCCUGGGGGUGGCAGGGGGUGCUGCUUCGCAGGCGGCGACUCAGGUGCCCUCGCGGCAGUCGACUGACGCGGGCCUGGCACCGGGUGGAGAGGUGCUGCGCCUCCCGUCCUCCAUGUUCCCGCCCCCGAUUGUGCCGCAACCGCCGCAGCCGCCCGCUGCGGCGUCGGCGGCGCCUGCGGUGCCGCCUUCUUCCUCCCGGUUAGUGCCCAUGCUGCGCAACACCUCGGGCCGGCGGCUGGCGGUGCCGUCGCGGCCAUCGCUGGCGGAUGGCGUCGCCGCCUCGCUGGGCGGCGGCGCUGAGGGCGGGGCGGUGCAGCUGCCGCCCCUGCCUGAGAUGCAGCCAAUUUCCAUGGCUGUGGCCUCCGUGUGUGAGCCCGAGCGCCUCAGCCGCAUGUCCAGCACUGGCAGCUCGAACUUGCCCUGGCUCAUGGCGACGGGCACCAACGUCGCGCCCGCCACGCCGUCAGUUGCCGGCGGCGGCGCGGCGGCGCUGCCUUAUGGCGGCGUGGGCGUGCUCGCCAGCGCCAACGCCAGUGUCGGCAGCGUCUCGCUCACCACCACCGGCGGCCUGUUGUUGCCGCUGAUGGGGUCCAAGGGCGCGAACCUGCCCGGCUUCAUCUCCACAAUGGCCAGCGGCGCGAUGCCCUUUGGCGGCGGCGGGCACGGAAACACGCCGUCGCCGGCAGCUGUGUCGGACCAGCUGUCGGUGCUGCAGGCGCAGGUGAGCGCGCUGAGCGGGCUGGUGCAGCGGCUGGUCGAGCAGCCGCCCUCGCGCAGCGGUAGCCUGGCCAGCGCGAGUCCCGGCGAUGGCGCAACGCCACGGCAGCUGAGCGGGGGCGUGGACGGCAACGGCAUUUGAGCACCAUGAUGUGCACACCAGGAUGACUAGCAGCGGCCCCGGGCAGCGUGAGCGUGAGCUGCGGGUGUUGUGGCAGGGGGUGUGUGGCGGACUGGAUUCCUUGGUGAGGGUGCUUGGGACGUGUGGGUAUGAAUGCGUGGAGGAUGUGUGCGUGUGUACGCUCGUGUGAGGGCGGCACGGACUAUUAGGGGGGAUGAGGAAGCUGCCGCUGGCAGCGUCUGGAAGGCGCGGCGUUGAGGCGGAGGGCUGUGGGAACACACCGAACACUUGCUUGCUCACACUUUUGUGAUGAGGACAUCUGUCAAGUCUGGAACUACUAUGGCAUUUUAUGAACCCAGCCACUGGGGUCAGAAUUGGGUCGCUCAAUCGCAAGUCAGCAGGCUGGAGUGUUGUGGCGUAAUGAACUUCAUACCUUCUCAUCUUGAUUGCUCGCGGCGCACGGGCGUUCGCCCCUGUGGCUACGAGUGCUGUGAGACCGAGACAGCGAGACGGGAGUGUGUUUUUGGUUGAGGCGACUGAGCGUGACAGACUUCGCGUGAUGUGCAAACUGAUGCGUGAUCACCUGGGGGCCUUGGCUGUCCUUCGCAAUCCGUGUAUUCCGAGCCAAGCAUUGAUCUUUGUCACUGGCCGCGACAUCGAAAGCUUGUCAUUCAAUCCGCGACAUUAGUGUGCAUGCGGAAUUUGCAUGUGUUGUGGGCCGCACGUAGCACGGGACUGUGACUGUGAUGCGGUUGUGGGGGUGAUGUGGGAUGGAGCACGUCGCUGCUGCACCCACAUGCAAUCGAGUGCUGGGUAUGUAAGCUCAGUGUGAAUUUAUGUUUUAUACUGCUUCACUCUAUCACGUAUUUGCUCGCUGCACAAGAGAGGGUCACAAAGAAAGUGCAACGUCGGCUUUGUUGCUCUUGCACUGCAUGAGGGGGGGGGUUAGUGUGGGGCGUUCCGCAGAGUGCUCGCCCGUGCCAGCGUGCCUUGUGACGGGUAGAGGGGCCAGGAGCGCCGGCGCGAAGGUGUGCGCGGGGCCUCGCCAGCCUUCCGAGGCCGGUGUGUGUGUGGCUUGCCUCACCAUGCGGUUGCCCGCGGCAGCAGCCGCAGGGUCCGCCGCGGUCAGUGCCUCGCGCCUAUGUCCUGGGCUGAUGUAUCGGGCUGCAUCCCGUGUCUGACUGUGAUUUGUGUAACAUGUCGGAAAGAAUUGACUUGCAGCGGCUUGUGGGGGUUGGGGUGACGCGCCCUGCCGGCUGUGGGAAAGAGGAUAGCGUGCGCAUGCUCCUUCUACGUUGCUCAAGUCUCUGCACACGACAACAGGGAGCAUCCCUUGCAUGCCUGACAUAUUCCGGUCUCCA